CAUCAUUAAACUGCUUGUUAUCGUCUUUAACACAACUUAAAGUUCUAAGUUACCCCACAGCUCCAUCUUCUGUAAAAAUAUAAAGAAAGAAAGAUUUAGCUCAGACCCAGCUAGCUAGCAGCAACGUUAGCUGCGUGAUAGCUAACCAGCAGUUUUAAGAAGCUAAUCAAUUAGCUAAGUAAGUAGCUAACUGUUAGCUCAGGCUAUUUCUAACUAGCACCGUGUGAGCUAACAGGUAUAUUCCUGAACAUUUUAUUUAACAGAACACUUAUCUAUAUUCAUUAUUAUGGCUAUUUUGCUAUCACAUUACACGCAGGAACAAGUGCUGUGUUAGCACAGACGCCCAAACAGUGUCAGUUUAUCGAGACUCUUUUAAGUGUAAUUGUUCUUAAUGCGAUUGUUUCAAUGUGUUUAAGUUGUCGCUGUCAUCUGGUUCGAAAGCUGUAAAUGCUACAGUAUUAAAAUAAAUUUUAAGGCGAAGCUUUCUUUAGUGAAAUGUUAACCACUGCCGUCUGUUUCCCUUCGUAUCAAAGGUCAGACUCAUCGGGAAAUAUCGGACCUGGCAGUUUAUUUUUAACUCUGCUGAGGGGCUUUCAGUCGUAAGGUUUGUUUUAGAGUCAGCUUUCACUGAGCUGUGGCAGUCAGAGGUCCGUUUUCCACCGGUGGGUGUCUUUCCUCUGCAGGUGUCCUUUCUAUUCCGUAAAACGGGAUUUGCUUUGCCUUGUUAUAUUCAUCCUUGCAAACUUAUUUAAUUUUGUUAUUAACUAUGCUAUACCCAUUGCCUAUUGUAGGUUAACAUACAGUCAGAUACAAUUAGGACUGCAGGAUAUGGGAGAAAAAUUGAAAUUGCAAUGUGUUGCUUUACUGCUAAAUGUACACUUCAGUUCAAAGUUUAGGUUCACUUAGGAAUAGAAACAAACCCAUGUUUCACACAUGAGUCCGUGUGUGGCACGUUUGUAGAUUUCUUGAGGAAUGAGAUGCUGUUUACUAUAAACAUGAUAUUUAAGCAUUAUUUUAGACCUGUUUUAAGGGGCUAAUGAAAGUUUUACAUUUUAUUGUUCUAAAAUUUCUUGUAUUUUUUGAAGGUGUCAUAAACAGCUCUGUUUUAGCUUUUAGGGCAAGUUAUUUGAAAAUUGUAGCAUGUUUAUGAGAAGAAAGAAGGAAAAGAAACCCCCGUAUAAGGCUGUCUGUUGACUGACUGACAGAUGCCUUCACCAUGAUGCUGAGCUGCAGCGCGCUGGUCGUCGCCCUCUUCCUGUCCCAGGCCACAAGCUUCCUGUCAGAGGACGACAGCAUCCCUGAAGAGUGGGUGCUGCUUCAUGUGGUUCAGGGCCACAUCGGGGCUGGAAACUACAGCUACCUGCGCCUCAAUCACGAUGGCAGAAUCAUCUUGCACAUGCAAAGCCUCAAAGGAGACGCAGACCUCUACGUGUCGGAUAAAACCCUGCAUCCGAGCUUCGACACGUACAAGCUGCAGUCGGCCACAUGCGGCCAUGACGUGGUGGUGGUGCCGGGAGACUUCACCAGACCUGUGGGCAUCGGCAUUUAUGGCCACCCAUCCCAUCAAGAGAGCGAGUUUGAAAUGCGAGUUUUUUAUGAUCAGACGGUGCCUCAGGACCCGUUUGAUAAGGGCUCAUACUCAUCAGAAGAUGAACAAAAGGGAAAGAAAUCCACUCAGACAACCGAGGACUUUGAGGAGGAAGAGUCAAUCGUUUGGACUAUACUGAUUGGUAUUUUGAAGAUUAUACUUGAGAUUCUAGUAUAAGAAGAGGUUCUUUUGUGCUGCUGUGACAGCGAGAGGAUUCUGUUCUUAGCUCAGCCAGCCUUUCAUUGUUAAUGGAUAAGAAAGUGUACCUAACCACGGGGGAAUUCUUUCAUUUAAGUAAUUUGUCCUCAUAAUACAAAUCAGAUUCUGAAGCUUGAUGGAUCUCUGAAUUUACCAAUCAAAGAAUGUUUCACCAAGUCAUAUGUUUGGUCAUAAGCAAGUAACUGUCACCCUGUUAGACUGGCCGUGGUGUUGCUUUGCUUUGUUGUCCUCUCAAGAGAGAAUGAAAUGGUGUGAGGUAAAGCUAGUUUUGAAGUCUAAAAAGAUAGAUCUGGAUUUUGAAGUUCCUCUUAAUGCAGCACUCGCAUGUUUGUCACUGUAACCAUUCCCUGUCCUGUCCUGAAGCAGCCACAGAACUGUAAAGUGAUUACACUGUAAAAGUUUGCUGUACAAAUCUGAAAUCCUCGUUCUGGGUACAAACAUGUUUUCAAUUUCAGCUGAGGUUCAUUUUAGGCCAUUAGGCAACUUAUACUGCCAUAGACUCCCCUCAGACAUGAACCCGUUUUCAGUUAACCUGACAGCAGUUCAGUGUAAACAACCACCUGCUCACUUUUCAGUAAAUAACCACAGCAGACAUAGUUCCACUGCUGUGUUUGAAUGAAUGCACACACAAGGUUAAGGUGUAUUGAUAUAGCACAGUUUCAGAAGAACUUCAGGCCUUUAUGCAUUUAUUUUUGAGUUGUCUGUUCAAAAAGAACCGCAGCACAUUAUCUAUGUUUAAAAAGAGAGCUGGAGAGAAGUUCAAACGCUGCCUCUGCCCCUCUGGCUUCUCACCAUGUUAAAGUAGGCACAGUUUUGGAAUUUUGAUUUGGGAAGUUACAAACAUGGUGGAAUGCAGCCUCCCUGAUUCAGCUGACAGAAAGGGAUAAGACACAUCAAGCUGUAUUCUAAUUGUUGUGUAAGAGUGACGCUGCUCUGCUCGUUUUUCCUCUUUGCACUGUGCAGACGUCGUGAAAGGAGUCUGAGCUAAGCUAACUCAUUGGCUUCUAUCGAUUUACAAUUUGUAGAAUCUCCUCUGAUCAAAGAUCUGCUUUGCUUUGAACUUCAUUUUUUGUGGCAAGUCUUGAAACUCAGGGUGAGAGCUUGUAUGUUACCCAGCAGAUGUUUGCAGUUUGGUCUCCCUCUUUAUUUACAUUCCUUAUAAGUCAAUUGAUUUAUUACUCAAGCAGUUAUGGUUCUUCUCACUCAGGCCAGUACAGCUCGGAUGAACAGUUAUGUAGUCUGUGCUCUGCUUGAAGCAUAGGGGACGCUGGUGUAAAACUGUUGUGACACAUCCCAUAAACCGUAGUGUUGAAUAAAUUCAAAUCCUGGCCACAGUGAAGGAGGCAAAUAUAAAAGCUGGUUUUCCUCCAGGUGAAAAGAAAGUUGGUUUAGGGCUUGAUUUGAGGCCAACAGAGGCCUGCAGCCAAACUGUGGUUCAUCUUUGAGCCCUGAUGGACGGACACAUUCAGCUGUAUGCCAGCAUUAAGACACACACAGGGUUUGUCAGAGGAUCUUAAAAGCUUCAGCUGAACUCGACAAUACAUUGUUUUUCACAGAACGAGGACUGUACCUGCUUAUCUUUGACAGUGUAUUCAUGCUUUGAGGUAACGGCUGGUUGAAGAAGGGUCGCAGUGAUGACAAACUUUCAACAUUCACAUGUUGUGUUAUUGGUGGAUUAGGAUAGACCUAAAAAUCUGAACCUGUCUUCAACUUUUCACAGACCUUCAAACAGGUUACUAACAUGACUGAGUCUCUCCUCAGCCUGUGAAUGAAUGAAACCACCUGUCUGUCUUAACGCUGCUUAUCCACACCACAUGGGAUCUGUGUGGGUCUCAGUGUCCAAACAAACUUAGCAAUACACUUAUUGUUGGUGGUUUUGAGAUAAGAGGUUCCUACAGGAUGGGUUUAUUGUUGGAUAUAAAGGAAGACCUGAACAGGUUUUAGAAGUACAAGGAUGAUUUUCACCAAAGCAGAUUUUUUUUUUUGGGCUGUCUCUUUAAUUUUGACUCCAAAUGGGAACAUCCGGUUUGUUAAAAGAUUGCCAACAAGCGGUUAGCCUGAGUAGCAACAUUUGUUUGAUUUGUUUUUGCCUGUUGGACAAGCUCCUGAUUUUAACAUCACCUCCAGCGCUGGAGUUCGGUUAUGAGUAAACUUGUUACCACUGAGCAGAAAUGUUCAACAGUGCCUUCAGAUCAGUCCUUGGAGCAGCCAAGCAGCUUUCCUGUUCCCAGAGACGAUUUAUUCAGGUUUAAAAUAAAGCAAAAUAUUGUUUUGCA